UCCCCACUUCACCUCAGAGCCACUUCCUCUGUAACAUGAUAGUCGACCGUAAUACGUGUAAUAAAGUGAGGGAAGUUCAGGGGGAAUUUCUGCAGACUUCUGGCUGCGUGUGUGAGGUGCCACAUCGAAAAGGAAUAUAAACGUCGGAAAAUGAGCAUCAUGCUGCUGAUCCUGCUGUGGUUGUUGGUCCUUGUGUCGUGUGCUCCUCCACGGUGUGACCCAGGAUUUCGAGGUCAGUGCAAGCCAACAGUGGAAGAAAAACCCAAAUGCACAGAUGUGAUGCUGUCGUACUGCGAUGACAUGCCUUACACUCAGAACAUGUUCCCAAACAUCCUCAACCACAAGACCCGCGAGGACGCCGAGGGCAGUACAGAGUACCUCCUCCUGAGCGUGGUGGAGGCGCUGCUCGGGGGGGAGUGUAACCCUGAUGUCCGCAUGCUGGGCUGCUCCGUGAUGGCCCCUCGCUGCGAGAAGGAGAAGGUGCUGAAGCCCUGCCGCGCCACCUGUGAGGCGGUGCGUAAAAGAUGCAGCCACGCUUUUGACGGGAUAGAGAUGGCGUGGCCCUACUUCCUGGACUGCGAUCGCUUCUUCGUCAGUGAUGAAGAGGGAUGUUACGACCCGCUGGAGGGCCUCAGAGGUGAGGAGUAAUGUCAUAUCAUUAGGUGUGGACUCGAG